GCUUCAGAGAAGAGGUGGCCGCCCCCUGCGUUCCUCCAUCCAACCAUGAGAUGGUGCCCAUCACCACGGAGAGUGCACCGAAGAAUGUAGUGGACACGGGAGAAGGAGCCUCCCGGGGUGGAAACACACGGAAAAGUCUGGAGGACGACGGCUCCACCAGGGUCAUCCCGAGCAUCCAGCCCCGUCCCCUGCCCAUCAGAAACAUGAGCGUGAGCCGGACCAUGGAGGACAGCUGUGAGCUGGACCUGGUGUACGUCACGGAGAGGAUCAUCGCCGUCUCCUUCCCCAGCACAGCCAACGAGGAGAACUUCCGCAGCAACCUCCGCGAGGUGGCCCAGAUGCUCAAGUCCAAACAUGGAGGCAACUACCUGCUGUUCAACCUCUCGGAGCGGAGACCUGACAUCACGAAGCUGCACGCCAAGGUACUGGAGUUUGGCUGGCCCGACCUGCACACCCCCGCCCUGGAGAAGAUCUGCAGCAUUUGCAAGGCCAUGGACACGUGGCUCAAUGCAGACCCCCACAACGUCGUCGUUCUGCACAAUAAGGGAAACCGAGGCAGGAUAGGAGUAGUCAUUGCGGCUUACAUGCACUACAGCAACAUUUCUGCCAGUGCGGACCAGGCUCUGGACCGGUUUGCAAUGAAGCGAUUCUACGAGGAUAAGAUUGUGCCUAUUGGCCAGCCAUCCCAAAGAAGGUACGUGCAUUACUUCAGCGGCCUGCUCUCCGGCUCCAUCAAAAUGAACAACAAGCCCUUGUUUCUGCACCACGUGAUCAUGCAUGGCAUCCCCAACUUUGAGUCUAAAGGAGGGUGUCGGCCGUUUCUGCGCAUCUACCAGGCCAUGCAGCCUGUUUACACGUCUGGCAUCUACAACAUCCCAGGGGACAGCCAGACCAGCGUCUGCAUCACCAUCGAGCCAGGACUGCUCUUGAAGGGGGACAUCUUGCUGAAGUGCUACCACAAGAAGUUCCGGAGCCCAGCCCGCGACGUCAUCUUCCGUGUGCAGUUCCACACCUGUGCCAUCCAUGACUUGGGGGUUGUCUUUGGCAAGGAAGACCUCGAUGAUGCCUUCAAAGAUGAUCGAUUUCCAGAAUAUGGCAAAGUGGAGUUUGUAUUUUCUUACGGGCCAGAGAAAAUUCAUGGCAUGGAGCACUUGGAGAACGGGCCCAGCGUGUCCGUGGACUACAACACCUCCGACCCCCUCAUCCGCUGGGACUCCUACGACAACUUCAGUGGGCAUCGAGAGGACGGCAUGGAGGGUAG